AUGUCCAAUUAUGUGAAAUUCAUGAAAGACAUACUGUUAAAAAAGUACAGAUUGGAAGAGUUUGAGACUUUUGAUCUCACUGAAGGGUGCAUAGCAAUGUUGAUGAAUAAACUACCUCCGAAGCUGAAAGAUCUAGGGAGUUUCAAUAUCCCCUAUUCAAUUGAAAAUUAUUAUGUUGGUAAGGCGUUAUGUGAUUUAGGAGCGAGUAUAAAUCUAAUGCCGAUGUCUAUUUUGAAGAAGCUAGGACUUGGGAAUGCAAGACCUACUACGGUGACUUUGCAAUUAGUUGAUCAAUCCUACGCCCAUCCAAAAGAAUUUGAAGCUAAUCAAAAUGUGUCAAUUAUUCUUGGAAGACCUUUUCUUGCUACAAGCAGAACUCUAAUUGACGUACAGAAAGGUGAAUUGACCAUAAGGGUAAAUGACCAACAGGUUACUUUUAAUGUUUUUGAUGCUUUGAAAUAUGCAGACAAAAAUGAAGAAUGCCACCUCAUUUGUUUGAUAGAAGUGGUAGUAGUAGAGGAAUUCACUAAACUUUGCCACAACAAUUUUGAUAGUAAUGAAGACUCAUUAGAAAGGAUUGACGAAGUAAGUUUAGAAGAACUUGGUGAAUUCAUGGAAGCCAAACAAAUAGUAGAGAGAUCAAGGAAAAAGUUUAACUCUUUGGAUCUAUCGAAUCAUUCGUUCAAGCCUUCUACAAAGAAGCCUUCUACAUUGGAGUUGAAACCUUUGCUGCAACAUUUAAAAUAUGAAUACUUGAGAGAUAACAACAUCUUGUCGUUUGUGAUUCCUCUGGAAUUGACAUCUGAACAAGAGGUCAAGUUGUUGGAAGUCCUAUGA